AUGGAGAACUACCGUGCAGCAUCGCUCUUCCAGCCCUCAAACUUGGUCAAAGCUCUCGAGGAUACUAUGAAGCCGGCGCCGGAUCACCCUACACAUUUGAUGGGUACCAUCAUCUCGAUUCCACACACUAUCUCCGCUCGCACGGUAGCAGUACUUGACUAUGAUUUCGUGAUGAUCGAUGCCCAGCAUACGCCCAUCGGCGCCGAGAACCUCGUUUGUUUAAUUCAGACCGUCAGCCUCUCCAGUCAGGGGAGAACGGUUCCGAUCUGUCGAGUGCCAUCUGCUCAAUCACAUCUAUUGACCUAUGCCCUUGACGCAGGAGCAGGAGGCAUCGUAUUCCCGCAUAUUGAUACUCCAGAGCAAGCCGCCGAAGCUGUCAGCAAGUGUCGAUAUGCAUACUCCAAUGGCGAUCGAUCUCUCGCUCCGGCGGUGCUGGUCCCUGGAGCUACCGAUCGCGCACCGCCGGGAUCGUCUCAUAUGCAUGUAGCGGACAGUCAUGUCGCUUUGAUCAUGCAGAUUGAAAGUCCACUUGCCGUGGCCAACGCAGACGCCAUCGCCGCCGUUCCGGGUGUGAGUGCACUAAUGCUUGGAGCUGGGGACCUCCGAGUUGCUAUGCGCUGUCCGCCGCGACAAGUGGGUGAUUCCGAGCACCCGAAAAUGUUGGAUGCAAUAGAUCGUUUGGUGAGCGUGUCACGACGGCAUUCGAAGCCGUUGGCGGUGGUGACAUGUAAACUGGCCAGUACCACCAAUGAAUGGCUGAAGGACUUUCAGCUCUUGAUGGUUACUUCGGAUUACUUGAGCGUAGUCAAGGGCCAUAGGGAAGAUUUGGUGCAGAUGAGGAGGACGCUAGCAGAGGUUCAUGGGUUAAAGAAUUGA